AUGCUGAGCCAGAACCAGCCUGGUGGCCUCCAACACCCUGCUGGUGGCCCGGCCGUCCUGGCCCUCCCUGGCCAGCCGUCCACCACCACCUUCACCCGGCAGCCGUCCACCACCACCUUCACCCGGCAGCCGUCCACCACCACCUUCACCCGGCAGCCGUCCACCACCACCUUCACCCGGCAGCCGUCCACCACCACCUUCACCCGGCAGCCGUCCACCACCACCUUCACCCGGCAGCCGUCCACCACCACCUUCACCCGGCAGCCGUCCACCACCACCUUCACCCGGCAGCCGUCCACCACCACCUUCACCCGGCAGCCGUCCACCACCACCUUCACCCGGCAGCCGUCCACCACCACCUUCACCCGGCAGCCGUCCACCACCACCUUCACCCGGCAGCCGUCCACCACCACCUUCACCCGGCAGCCGUCCACCACCACCUUCACCCGGCAGCCGUCCACCACCACCUUCACCCGGCAGCCGUCCACCACCACCUUCACCCGGCAGCCGUCCACCACCACCUUCACCCGGCAGCCGCUGCAGCGGAACAAUGGGAGGAUCACAGGCUACUUGAUAUUCCUCACCAUGGACCAAACCGUCAGUGACUGGGUGACGGGGGAAGUGACAGGGGACUGGCUCACCCUUACCGUCCAUGGACUGACGCCUUCAAGGAAGUAUUUGCACAAGAUGCACUCUCACAAUGUCAAAGGUUUUGGUCCAUUCUCCUCCGUGGAAAGCUUCACGACUCUUCCAGCUGUUGACAAGAGCAUCGGUGAGCCCCAGGCUGGUGUGUGGAGCGAGAGGCCUGAUUGUGCUGGUGAUCGCUGGCGUGGCAGGAGCCAUGACCAGCUGGGGGCCUUCUUGGCCACCACACUGUACUGUCGCGGGUCAAGGCGGAGCCCAGGCCAAGCAUUGUUGUUGGCGGCAGCUGCAGUGAGAGCAACAAGCCUGGCGUCCAGCCUCCAGACCUGUGGAUCCAUCACGGCCACUUGGAGCUGAAGAACUUUGACAAGGGUGAGCGCAGCAACUCCCCCAACCACGCCUCCAUCAUCCAGCACACAGCUGAAGAUCAACAACAAGGAGAUGACGGCGCUAGACCAGAUGCUUGGGGCACUCCUGGAGGCUCUGCAGGACAAGGCCAAGGAAACAAAGAGUGGCCAGGCUCUGGGACCGAGGCACAGAGAGCCAAGACGGCCGAGGGUUUAUCAAGACUGACAACAACGUGACGGUCAAAGUGUU